UGCGAUCAUUGUAGCCUGUUGUUCGAGUCCGACAUGAAAUUGAUGGAGCAUAUGCAGGCAAUGCAUGAGGUCGAAGCUGAUUUUAAAUGCCGUGUUUGUGGGAAAGGAUUCAUGCUGCAGUCUAGACUUCUACAGCAUGAGAAGAAAGUCCACAGAGCUAUUGACCAGCUCUGCCAUCUUUGUCCAGCAGUUUUCAAAAAUCCAAGAUCUUUGGAAAAGCAUUUAGAAAGCCACACCUCUGGUGAAUGGGACAAGAUGGAAGCCAAAAAGAUUUGCCCUCAUUGUAAGAGGAAGUUCGACAAACCUACGACCUUGCAGGCUCACAUUAAGGCGCGGCACAUGGACGGUAACAGAGGAACAUCUUCAGGAAUGGUCAGUCGAUGUUGGACUUGCCAAGCAGAAUUUUCCACCGCCAAAGAUCUGCGAAAGCACAUGAUAGCCGAACAUGUUCUCCAUGGGCACAAGUAUCAUUGUACUCUUUGUAAGAAGGUCUUCGAUUCCAUGGAUGACCUUUCCAAGCACAAGACAGAGAUCCAUAGUGGCGGCAUAUCCCUUCAUUGUCCAUUCUGUGGUAUAGGAUACAUGGCGAGACAUACUCUGAUCUCGCACAUCUCAAACAACCAUCUUAACAGAGAGACUCCUUACAAAUGUCCCUUCUGCCCAAGCAAGUUUGUCAGAGCUGUCUUCCUUCAGAAGCAUAUUGGUGUAGUCCAUGACCUUGUUGCUGAGAAAUGUAUCUUUGAAGAAUGUGAUAUGACGUUCUUACGAGAAAAAGACGUCGUUGAACACAUUCUGGAUUCCCAUAAAGAGCACUUCCCUCACGAAUGCGACAUCUGUGGACAGCGUUUCUCAAAAGACAAGUAUGUCACAAGCCAU